CCCGCCUCCCUCCUCGCCGAGCGCAGCGCCCCGAGCAUGGAUCCUGCUUGAGCAGCUCCGAGGGCUCCGGCGGCUGCUGCGGCGGCACAACAUGGAGGCGGCGGCCCCGCCGCUCCCGCUGCUGCUGCUGCUGCGGCUCCUGGCCGCCUCGGUGCUGCGCUGCGAGCCGGGCCCGGCCGGGGCAUCUCCCCUUCUGCUUUUUGCCAACCGGCGGGACGUUCGACUUGUGGAUGCUGGAGGCACGAAGCUGGAGUCCACUGUGGUGGUCAGUGGUUUAGAGGAUGCUGCUGCAGUUGACUUCCAGUAUUCACAAGGCAUCGUUUUCUGGACAGAUGUGAGUGAAGAAGCCAUCAAGCAAACUUACAUUAACCAAACCGGGAAUGUGGUACAGAAUGUCAUCAUUUCUGGUCUGGUUUCCCCGGAUGGCCUGGCGUGUGAUUGGAUUGGGAAAAAACUUUACUGGACGGAUUCAGAAACCAAUAGGAUAGAAGUAGCUAAUCUCAAUGGAACAUCUAGAAAAGUCCUCUUCUGGCAAGACCUUGAUCAGCCCAGGGCAAUAGCUUUGGAUCCUGCUCAUGGAUACAUGUAUUGGACUGACUGGGGUGAAACACCCAGGAUAGAACGGGCAGGAAUGGACAGCAGCAUGCGGAAAAUAAUUGUUGAUUCAGAUAUUUAUUGGCCAAAUGGACUCACGAUAGAUCUUGACGAACAGAAACUUUACUGGGCUGAUGCAAAACUGAGUUUCAUUCAUAGGGCAAAUCUGGAUGGUUCCUUUAGGCAAAAAGUUGUUGAAGGUAGUCUUACUCAUCCCUUUGCUCUGACGUUGUCUGGGGACACUUUGUAUUGGACGGACUGGCAAACGCGCUCCAUUCACGCCUGUAACAAAAGGACGGGAGAGAAAAGAAGAGAAAUAUUGUCUGCCCUGUAUUCUCCCAUGGACAUCCAGGUCCUAAGUCCAGACCGGCAGCCAUACUUUCACACUCCUUGUGAAGAAAACAACGGUGGUUGCUCCCAUCUGUGCCUGCUGUCUCCAAGAGACCCCUUCUACAGCUGUGCCUGUCCCACUGGUGUGCAGCUAGAAGACGAUGGCAGAACAUGCAAAGCAGGUGCUGAAGAAGUCUUGCUGCUCGCUAGAAGAACUGACUUGAGAAGGAUUUCCCUGGACACACCGGAUUUCACUGACAUUAUUCUGCAGAUAGACAAUAUCAGACAUGCAAUUGCCAUAGACUAUGAUCCUGUGGAAGGCUACAUCUACUGGACUGAUGAUGAUGUCCGGGCAAUUCGUCGGGCCUACCUUGAUGGUGCUGGAGCACAAACUCUGGUAACCACAGAAAUCAACCAUCCAGAUGGUAUUGCUGUGGACUGGGUGGCGAGGAACCUGUACUGGACUGAUACUGGAACAGACCGCAUUGAAGUGACCCGGUUGAAUGGGACAUCAAGAAAGAUACUUAUCUCAGAAAACCUGGAUGAACCUCGGGCCAUAGUGCUCAAUCCUGUCAUGGGCUACAUGUAUUGGACAGACUGGGGUGAAAGUCCAAAGAUAGAGUGUGCUUAUUUGGAUGGCUCAGAAAGGCGAGUUCUGGUGAAUACGUCCCUUGGUUGGCCCAAUGGCUUGGCACUGGAUCUUGAAAAAAACAAGCUUUAUUGGGGAGAUGCAAAAACAGAUAAAAUUGAGGUCAUAAAUGUUGAUGGAACAAUGAGGAAAACCCUUCUAGAAGAUAAGCUUCCACAUAUAUUUGGGUUCACACUGCUUGGAGAUUACAUCUACUGGACUGACUGGCAGAGACGAAGCAUUGAAAGAGUUCACAAGAUAAAGGCCAGCAGAGAUAUCAUUAUUGAUCAGCUGCCAGAUUUAAUGGGCCUUAAAGCAACAAGUGUUACCAAAGUGUUUGGAACUAAUUCAUGUGCAGAGAACAAUGGAGGCUGCAGCCAUCUGUGUUUCUUUACACCCCAGGAGACCAGGUGUGCCUGUCCCAUUGGCCUUGAGCUGUUGAGUGACAUGAAGACUUGCAUCAUUCCUGAAGCCUUCUUAGUUUUCACAAGCAGAGCAGCAAUUCAUAGGAUUUCUCUUGAAACCAAUAAUAAUGAUGUUGCUAUUCCUCUUACUGGAGUCAAGGAAGCAUCUGCUCUGGAUUUUGAUGUCUCUGAUAACAGAAUCUAUUGGACUGAUGUUAGUUUGAAGACCAUAAGCCGAGCUUUCAUGAAUGGGAGCUCUGUUGAACAUGUGAUUGAGUUUGGGCUAGAUUAUCCUGAGGGAAUGGCUGUAGACUGGAUGGGGAAGAACCUCUACUGGGCAGAUACUGGGACCAAUCGCAUUGAAGUAGCCCGCCUGGAUGGACAGUAUAGGCAGGUCCUUGUGUGGAAGGACUUGGACAACCCGAGGUCUCUGGCUCUUGAUCCUACCAAAGGAUACAUGUACUGGACUGAGUGGGGAGGAAAACCAAGGAUUGUUCGAGCGUUUAUGGACGGAACAAACAGCAUCACUUUGGUGGACAAAGUGGGUCGUGCCAAUGACCUCACUAUUGAUUAUGUGGACCAAAGGCUCUAUUGGACUGACUUGGACACAAGCAUGAUUGAGUCAUCAAAUAUGCUCGGACAAGAACGAGAAAUCAUAGCAGAUGAUCUACCUCAUCCAUUUGGAUUGACCCAAUACAGUGACUACAUCUACUGGACAGACUGGAACCUUCACAGCAUAGAAAGAGCAGACAAGACCAGUGGGAAGAACAGGACACUUAUUCAGGGCCAUCUGGAUUUUGUGAUGGAUAUAUUGGUCUUCCAUUCUUCACGUCAGGAUGGCUUGAAUGAUUGUGUGCAAAAUAAUGGCCACUGUGGUCAUUUGUGCCUUGCCAUACCAAAUGGAUUUAGAUGUGGCUGUGCUGCUCAUUAUACCUUGGAUCCCAACAGCAGGAACUGUAGUUCCCCUGCCAGUUUCCUGUUAUUUAGCCAGAAAUCUGCCAUCAGCCGGAUGAUACCAGAUGAUCAGCAAAGUCCAGAUAUCAUCCUACCUAUGCAUGGUCUGAGGAACGUCAAGGCUAUUGAUUAUGAUCCCUUAGAUAAAUUGAUCUAUUGGGUGGAUGGACGUCAGAAUAUUAUAAAAAGAGCCAAAGAUGAUGGCACUCAGCCUUUCACUGUGAUGAGUACUCCAAACCAAAGUCAGAACCCAGAGAAGCAGCCACAUGACCUCAGCAUCGAUAUAUACAGCCAUACCUUGUACUGGACUUGUGAGGCCACAAAUUCAGUCAAUGUCCACAGGCUGAACGGCGAGUCGAUCGGGAUGGUGCUGCGAGGGGACCACGACAGGCCCAGAGCCAUUGUAGUGAAUGCAGAGCGAGGGUACAUGUACUUCACCAACAUGCAGGAGCGAGCCCCCAAGAUUGAGCGUGCAGCCCUUGAUGGCACAGAGAGGGAAGUGCUUUUUACAACUGGGUUGAUCCGACCAGUAGCGCUGGUGGUUGACAACAAACUUGGAAAGCUUUUCUGGGUGGAUGCAGAUCUGAAGCGCAUUGAAAGCUGUGACCUGUCAGGUGCUAACCGUGUGACCCUAGAGGACUCCAACAUCCUUCAGCCCAUGGGACUCACUGUGCUGGGGAAUCACUUGUAUUGGAUUGAUCGUCAGCAACAAAUGAUUGAGAGAGUGGAGAAAGUGAAUGGGUACAAAAGGACUAGAAUUCAAGGCCGGAUUGCUCACCUAACAGGCAUUCAUGCUGUGGAAGAGCUUGAUAUGGAAGAAUUCUCUGUGCAUCCAUGCUCCCGUGACAAUGGUGGAUGUUCACACAUCUGCAUUGCCAAAGGAGAUGGAACUCCAAGAUGUUCAUGCCCCGAGCACCUUGUGCUUCUACAGAAUCUCUUAACAUGUGGAGAACCUCCAACUUGCUCCCCAGACCAGUUUACCUGUGCAACUGGAGAGAUUGACUGUAUCCCAAUGGCAUGGCGGUGUGAUGGAUUUCCUGAGUGUGAUGACCAGAGUGAUGAAGACAGUUGCCCCAUAUGCUCUGCAUCCCAGUUCCAGUGUGAGAAGGGGCAGUGUAUUGAUGCACACUUGCGAUGUAAUGGAGAAAUUGACUGUCAAGAUAAAUCUGAUGAAGCAGAUUGUGAUACAAUUUGUCUACCCAAUCAGUUCCGAUGUGCAAGUGGCCAGUGCAUCCUCCUGAAGCAACAGUGUGACUCCUUUCCAGAUUGUAUUGAUGGUUCUGAUGAGCUUAUAUGCGAAAAAUCAAAGCCAGCCUCAGAUGAGUCACAGCCACACAGUAGUGCCAUCGGUCCUGUCAUUGGUAUAAUACUGUCACUUUUUGUCAUGGGAGGAAUGUACUUUGUUUGCCAGCGAGUGGUGUGUCAGCGCUAUGCUGGGCCCAACAGUCCUUUUCCACAUGAGUAUGUCAGUGGCACCCCUCAUGUCCCUCUUAAUUUUAUUGCUCCGGGAAGUUCUCAGCACGGCACUUUUACUGGCAUCUCUUGUGGAAAGUCCAUGAUUAGCUCCAUGAGUCUCAUGGGAGGAAGCAGUGGUGCCCCACUGUAUGACAGAAACCAUGUUACUGGAGCCUCUUCAAGUAGCUCAUCCAGCACUAAAGCCACUUUCUACCCACAGAUCUUGAACCCACCUCCUUCCCCAGCUACUGAUCGCUCCCUGUAUAAUGCAGAGAUGUUUUAUUCCUCAAACAUUCCUUCAAACACAAGAUCAUACAGGCCAUACCUUAUACGAGGGAUAGCUCCACCCACAACCCCAUGCAGCACAGAUGUUUGUGACAGUGACUAUACUACCAGUCGAUGGAAGGCCAACAAAUACUAUAUAGAUUUAAAUUCAGACUCAGAUCCUUAUCCCCCUCCGCCCACACCUCGCAGUCAGUACAUGUCGGCAGAGGAAAGUUGCCCUCCGUCUCCUGCCACGGAACGAAGCUAUUUUCACCUCUAUCCCCCUCCACCCUCUCCUUGUACAGACUCUUCAUGACCUCAACAGAAGGAACUUUUCCUGUAAAUAUUUUAAAAUAUGAACAGAUUUAAAAUAUAUAUUUUAUGAUUUAAAAAUAAAUCUGGGUGGGAAUUAAACAAAACUAAAUGUGAAUAAAAAUGGGUGGGAGGGAUGGGGCUGUGAAAAAUUGUACAGAGGAAAAAUAUUUAUAAAAUUGAUUUUUUUAACUUAA